UCUGUUGUCAAUUUUACAGUUUAUUCCCGUGGAAAAAAGAUGCCAUUUCGAUUCAGCCCAUCUACCGGGACUAUCUAGUAACUAAUCAUAAUCACAACAACAAACAACAUUGCGAAUUGAGCAUUUGCGUGUCAAAGGAGAAAAUAUACGCAAUUACAUAAAACAUAACUAUAAGGAAGUGUGUUUGUUUUGGGAACGAAAUGGAUGUAGGUGGAUCCUCAUCCAAUUCUUCUUCCAAAAGAGUCAGAAAACUCCGGCAAUGUAGUGGUGAUUCCACCAAGAGUGAACCUACUGAAGCAUCUUCAGAAAGUGAUUUCGAUCCCAGUGGAUCACAUCAAAAAGGAGAAAGUGGUAGGAGAAGAUGUGAUCGACAGAAGCAGCCAGGUCUGAAGUUUGCAGCCUUGGCCUAUGAGAGCAACUUUGAUGAUGGAGAACACAAGAGUGCAUUUCUCCCGUAUCGGCCCAGAACAGUUCUCACCAAUCUCCAGAGAGGAAAUGUCCAGACUGAAGCAGUUGUUGUCAAUCCUGUGCAGCUGAGCUUUCACCAGCGUGCUGGGAAAGGUGAAAUUACUAAAGCAGAUAUAGAUGCUGGUACAAAUGACAUUAAUGGUUUGGAUGAGAGAGGCCUAACGCCGCUAAUGUGGUCUUCAGCGUACGGCCAAGUUCCAACAGCCGCCCUGUUACUUAAAGCUGGAGCUCUCCAUUCCAUUAAAGGCCCAGACGGUGAAACUGCUAUCCAUCUGGCUGCAGCUGGUGGACAUACGGACAUAAUCAGGCUGUUGAUUGGAGCCGGAGCUUCCGUCAAUGAGAUCGAUGACAAUUCCAAUACCCCAAUGAUGUUUGCCGCCCAUGGUAAUCAUCCACAUGCUCUCAACGAGCUGCUGAAUAACGGUGGGGAUAUAACGAUGACUAACCUCAACGAUGAUUCUGCCCUGAGUAUCGCCCUGAAACGCGCCAGCAAGGAAGCACAGAAUGUCAUAGAAGGCUACUUGUUCAUGCUACUUCAACCUCAAAGCUAAAAACUAUUUGUCAUUAUCAUGUUGUACCAGAUAUCAUCAUCACCCUUUACACAUAGACUUGUUAUAAUAGAUAUAGACUUCACAGCUAUCACACUUUCAUCAUUCAUCUCAAAAUCAUGGAAGCUUUAAAGGAUUGUGAAAGCAACAACAAGAUGUGCCAAUUUUUCUGUCCUGUUUGUUACAAUAAUCAGUAAAUAAUUCUCUUUACCAUACUCUAAAUGUUCCAAAUAAAAAUGUAUGUCUGAACCACA